UUUUUCUCGUUCUCUCUCGUUCGUUGCUCAAUUCAUAAAUCUCACGUUUACAAUAACAUAAGAAAAACAAACAAAAUAAAAUUUGAAAGAAUACUAACAACUAGCAUAAUCGAGAUUCGGAGAUCCAUUGAUUUGAUUCGAAGAAAUGGCGGCUUCUGAGAGAGCGGAGGUUAGGGAAAUGGAAUCGGAGAAGGAAAUCGCAUUGAAUUUUCCGGCGGAAGAUGGCGGCGGAAUCGAAACGGCGUCGUCUCCUUCUUCUCCUGUAAAGCUUCCUUGGAGGCUCAGACGCCGUCUUCUUGUCUCCAAAGCACCAAUUACUGCCGAAGACAUCGAAUCCAAGCUCUCCCAAGCUCGUCUUCGCCGACAGCAAUUCUACGAGCUGUGGUCUAGUAAGGCGCGAGCAAAGGCAAAAGGUCCGUCAUGGCACCCGUCGCAGGAGGAAGAUCUUGGUAAGCGGCUUGAAGCAAAACUUAGUGCUGCUGAACAGAAAAGGUUAAGCAUUCUAGAAAAGGCGCAGACACGACUGGCCAGGUUGGACGAGCUGCGACAAGCCGCAAAAGCUGGGGUAGAGACACGAUUUGAGAAGGAAAAAGAUGAGCUUGGUGCAAAAGUCCAGUUACGGGCUAAGCAAGCGGAGGAAAAUAGGAUGCGUCUCCUUAAAGCUUGCUCACAAUGGAGAGCAGCAAGAAGAGACAGAGCAAUCCAGUCAUUAAUGCAAAGAAGGAUUAAGGAGAGAAAAUAUAAAGAUUGUAUUCACGCUGCUAUCUGUCAAAAACGUGUUGCUGCUGAGAGAAAAAGAUCAAAGUUGUUGGAGGAAGAGAAGGCUAGGGCAUGUGCUAGAAUACAACAAGUACGACGGGCAGUAAAGUCUGCCCAUAGUCAACAGGAGAUUGAGAGAAUAAAAAUGAAAGAUAAAUUGGAAGACAGGCUCCUGAGGGCUAAUAAACAAAGGAAAGAAUAUUUGAAGCUGCAGAGAAGUUCGCAUCAUUCAGUUCAGACCAUCUCAAAAAUGGUUCAAGAGCAGGAGGCUCUUUCUAAGAUAGCGAGAUGCUGGAGGUGGUUUGUGCAUCUUCGGAAAACUACUUUUGCCUUGGCAAAAGCUUUUGAAGCCUUGGCAAUUAGUGAAGAAUCUGCGAAAUCAAUGUCAUUUGAGCAGCUUGCCCUUCAAAUUGCAUCAGCUACAACUAUCCAAACUACAAAAGCCUUAGUUGCCCGUCUAGAAAGUCGGUAUUUGAUCUCACGGGCUGCUACUGACAGUCUCUCUAGCCUAGAAAAUAUUGAUCACCUUCUUAGAUGUGUUGCUUCAACAGUUAGAAAGGGAAAUUCAAACACCAGUACGAAGAAGAAGGUAUCUGGGGAUAAUCAUUCUGGUAAAGAAGCCCCGAGACGUCCAGUUGUGUUGUCAAGGUAUCCAGCAAGAGUUUUUCUCUCUGCAUAUAUGAUCUUGGGACAACCAGAUGCAGUAUUUAAUAGGAGAGCAGAGUGUGAGAACACUCUGCCUCAGUCUGCAGCUAAUUUUGUUCAAGAAUUUGAGCUGUUACUAAGGAUCAUAAUCCAUGGGCCCAUUCAUUCUUCCCAGCAAGAAUCAGCUCCGUCAAGUCCAAGUAAAAUUACUCUCCGAUCCCAGCUAGAAGCCUUUGAUAAAGCAUGGUGCUCUUACCUGUUGCGUUUUGUAGAGUGGAAAGACAGCGAUGCUAGGUUGUUAGAGGAUUUGAAGAGAGCAGCAAGCCAACUGGAACUUUCUAUGAUGCAAGCUAACAGAAUUACUCUAGAAGAAGAUGUUAAUGGUCCCACACGUGCAAUGAAGGCUUUCCAACGGCAGGUUACAGAAAAUCAGAAACUACUAAAGGAUAAAUUGCAGCACCUAAGUGGUAAUCCAGGACUUGAAGGCAUGGAAACUGCUCUCUCUGCGACGCAUUCCAGAUAUAUUGAAUCCAAGGACUCUGCUUGUUUGCCGGCAUCCCCAGCUGCACUUAACUCAUCUUCAUCCCCAGUUUCCGGAUCUGCUGGAACACGUGAACUGAGUAACACCUAUCAGAGUUCUAGUCAAAAGAUUCGUGCUUCAUUUGACAAAGAUGAAACUGACCAUGGUGAAGAAGUAGGGUCAUUUUUGUCUUUCAAAACUGAUGCAAGUGGUCAUCCGAAUCCUGCUGCAUUGGUAGUUGGUGAAAAUGAACUUCUUGUAAAUGAUAUUGUCCAUGAGCAUCACCAUGGUUUUGCUGAUAGAUUGAAUGGCAAAGACGAAAGCCAUAACAGUCUUGAGGAGAAAGUGAGAGAGACAAUGGACAAAGCUUUUUGGGAUGGCGUCAUGGACUCUAUGAAAGAAAAUGAUUCAGACUUCAGCUGGAUUCUUAAACUUGUUACAGAAGUCAGAGAUGAACUACGUGAUAUAUCUCAAUCUUGGAAACAAGAAAUUUCUGAAAGCAUUGACAUUGACAUUCUCUCACAGGUGCUGAGAUCAGGCCAUCUAGAUAUGGAUUAUUUUGGAAAGAUCCUGGAAUUUGCUUUAGCAACUUUGCGGAAACUUGCUGCACCAGCUAAUGAAGAUGAUUUGAAGACUACUCACUAUAAGUUUUUGAAAGAACUUGGAGAGAUUCUUCAAGCUGAAGAAUCAAAAACUUCACGUGCCCUUGCAAUAACCAAGGGUCUGCACUUUGUUUUGCAGCAGAUUCAGGGUCUUAAGAGGGAGAUCAACAAAGCACGUUUGAGGAUGGUAGAACCACUCAUCAAGAGCACCGCUGGUUUAGAAUACUUGAAAAAAGCUUUUUCCUAUAGGCAUGGAUCUCCUAGUCACGCCUUUACCUCUCUUCCAAUUACAAGGCGAUGGCUUUCAUCUGUGAAGACAGUGGCAGAGGAGGAGUGGCAUGAAUAUGUAGAUUCUUUAUCUUCUGUGACAAGCGAUGAGCAUUCAUCAGGGCUUCCACCUACAACUCUUCGGACUGGAGGCAGAAUUUUAGUCGGAACCAAAAUUAGCUCCCAAACAUCCUCUACAACUGACACAAUUGAUGCGUCUUCACCAGGGAAAAAACUACCAGAAUGCAGGGGAGAGAGGAUUGAUUUAUUGGUUAGACUUGGUUUGUUAAAGCUAGUAAGUGAAGUAGGUGGAUUGAACCUGGAAGUUCUGCCUGAAACUCUUGAACUUAAUCUACCUAGACUAAGGGCUGUUCAAUCUCAGCUUCAGAAGAUCAUAGUCAUUUCUACCUGUGUAUUGGUUCUCCGUCAAAUCCUUCUGAGUGAGAACUUGAUAACCAAUCCUCUGGAAAUGGAGAAAAUAGCAUCCAGAUGCUCGAAGCAGCUUUCUAACCUACUGGACACUGUUGAAGACGUUGGUCUACCAGAAAUUAUUGAGACAAUAUUCGGGGUUCGAGAAGACGAUGAUCAUCUUCCAUACCUAGAGAAACUCCACGCAAGGAAGCAGAUGAUGUCAAACAUGGUGGGGAAAAGCCUGCAAAGUGACGACGUCAUUUUUAAACGGGUAUCCCGUGCUGUUUAUCUAGCUGCAAGAGGGGUUGUUCUUGAUGGAAAUGGAGUUAAGGGAAAAGAAUUAGCCGAGGCAUCUCUUCGGCGAAUUGGUGCAGCGCUUCUUGCGGAUGAUUUGAUAAAGGCCGUGGAAGUACUGGUUGUGGCGGCCGUUGUCUCGUGCAAUGUUCAUAGACCAUGGUACGAGGAACUGAUCAAGAAUAUCUGAUUUGUUCAUCUGUAAGCGGACCACAAAAAACAGAAAAAAGAGUGUCGUGUAUAUAAACGUUGGUGUCUAUUACUGUGGCAAUCCGCAAUCUCCUGUUAUAUGUGUUUGUAUAUAAUAUAGAAGGCAACAGUUGUCUCUUGUACGCGUGAUCGUUGGAACGGACCAUACUGACAAUGCUCAUAGUCGAAGUGUAAAAUUUGUGUGUAAUCAUUUCUAGAUUGGAUCAAAAUUCGACUCAUUUUAUAAAUUACCUAUGUAGUUGGUAUUAAAACUUUUGAGUUGAAAAUACAGGCAGCAGCACGCACUUCUUCAGGUACCGAA